GGACUGAUUUGACAUCACGAUUUUAAUACAUAUAUAUAAAAAGGGCAUUCAAUACAAAAUUAAUCUCAUUGUAUGUUUAGUAUGACUCGUGAUGGACAACAACAUAGAGGAACCAAUAGUUGAUUUCAUGAAAGUCGAGUGGCAGAGGGGUAGGACUCCCGAUGACAUUAAGGACAUAUGUUUUCAAUUAUGUGCCGAUUAUUUGGGAGGCGUUUGGCCUCAAGUGUCCAUCGAUGACAUCCAAGUGAAACGACUGAGCGGUGGUCUCACGAAUCAGUUAUACUAUUGUGCUCUCAAUGAAGACCUGAGGAAUAAUGAUACGACUGAACCACAAGAAGUUGUCCUCCGAUUAUAUGAAGCAAAACAUUUCAAUAAUAUGGAUAAUGAGGGCAAUGAGAGACUUAGUGAUACCAUAAUUUCAGUUAUGGUCUCUGAAUAUAAUUUGGGGCCAAAAAUAUACGGACUCUUCGAAAGCGGACAGAUUUUGAAAUAUUAUAAACAUAAGCCCUUUAGAUCUGACGAACAAAAUGAUGCCAAACUGGUCGACGAAUUGGGCAAAAGGUUAGCACAGAUACACGCCAUGGAUGUGCCCAUCAAGAAGAAAUGCAUCUCUCUUUUAGACACAUUCGGCAGCUUUUAUAAGGAGGCAAACAAUUCAUAUGAUUUGCAAACAUUGUAUGAGGAAUGCAAUUGUCAAUCAUUGAUGACAUACGACUUGAAGGGAGAGUUAGAGUGGCUUCAGAAGACAAUCAAAGACAUUGACUCUCCGGUGAUGUUCACUCACGUCGACUUCAGAGGCAACAACAUUAUGGGAGAGUUAGAGUGGCUUCAGAAGACAAUCAAAGACAUUGACUCUCCGGUGAUGUUCACUCACGUCGACUUCAGAGGCAACAACAUUAUGGUCACAGAAUCGGAUGGUUUAGUGAUCAUAGACUAUGAAUACUCGUCGUAUACCUACCGGGGCUUAGAUUUUGGGUCUCUGUUUGCCGAAUGGGGCCGAGUUUGGGGAGAAGCCGACAAAUUGCAGGACUUUCCCUCUGAUAGUGUUAUUAAGCCAUUCAUUGAUUCAUAUAUUUCUGAGUCGAUUCGGUUGAGGGGCGAAGAGUUUGCCGACGAUUUGAGAAACACUUGUCAACACAUUUUAAACGAAACAAAAUUGUUUGCUUUGGUGGCCAAUAUGUUUUUUGUUUUAAUCACACUUAAGGCAACCGAGUCUGUAAUCCCCGACUUUCCCUUUAAUAAGAAAAAUCAAAUGGCUCAAGAGUUUAUGAAACUAGAGUUAACGAGAGGCGUAACUCCGGUUGAUAUUAAAGAGAAGUGCUUUCAAUUAUGUGUCGAUUAUUUGGGUGGCAUUUGGCUGAACCUAACCAUUGAUGACAUUGAAGUCAAACGAAUAACCUCUGGUCUUACGAAUCAGCUAUACUAUUGUGGUGUCAAUGAAAACCAUCGAAAUAGCGAUGAAAGUGUACCACAAGAGGUGGCCAUCAGAUUGUACCAGGAUAAACAUUUCAAUAGUAAUGGUGGUAACGAAAGACUCAGCGAUACUAUCAUCGCUCUACAGGUGUCUCAAAAUAAUUUGGGACCAAAAAUAUACGGACUAUUCGAAAGCGGACAGAUUUUGAAAUACUAUAAUCAAAGACCCUUUCGAUCGGAUGAGCAAAAGAAUCCCAAACUUGUCAGAGAAUUGGCUCAAAAGUUGGCUCACAUUCACGCCAUGGAUGUGCCCCUCAAAAAGACCGGAACCGAUAUCUCUGAAUGGUUGGACGACUUCUACAAUAAAGCCAAUAAUUUGUUUGAUUUAAAAUCACUGAUCAAUGAAUGCAAUUGCGAGACAUUAAAGAAAUACGAUUUGAACGCAGAGUUACAAUGGCUUAAGAAGACGAUCGUUGAGAUCAACUCUCCGGUGAUGUUCACUCACGUCGACUUCAGAGGAAGCAAUAUAAUGGUCACAGAAUCCGAUGGUUUAGUGAUCAUAGACUACGAGUACUCCUCCUAUACAUACCGGGGCUUAGAUUUUGGGACUUUAUUCGCCGAAUGGGACAGAUUUUGGGCCGAUUUCACUCGAUUACAGGACUUUCCCAACGAUACGACUAUUAAGACAUUCAUUGACGCCUAUAUCGAGGAAUCGAUUCGUUUGAGAGGCGAUCACUUCAGGAGAGACCAGAGAAACACAUUUCAACACAUCUUAAAGGAGACAAAAGUGUUUUCAUUGGUCUCUAAUAUGUUCUUCGUUUUGGUUACCAUUAAAUCCAAUGAAUCAAUGAUUUCCGGACUUGACUUUGAUAUCAGCAAGCAAUUGGCUCAAGAGUUUAUGAAACUAGAGUUAACGAGAGGCGUAACUCCGGUUGAUAUUAAAGAGAAGUGCUUUCAAUUAUGUGUCGAUUAUUUGGGUGGCAUUUGGCUGAACCUAACCAUUGAUGACAUUGAAGUCAAACGAAUAACCUCUGGUCUUACGAAUCAGCUAUACUAUUGUGGUGUCAAUGAAAACCAUCGAAAUAGCGAUGAAAGUGUACCACAAGAGGUGGCCAUCAGAUUGUACCAGGAUAAACAUUUCAAUAGUAAUGGUGGUAACGAAAGACUCAGCGAUACUAUCAUCGCUCUACAGGUGUCUCAAAAUAAUUUGGGACCAAAAAUAUACGGACUAUUCGAAAGCGGACAGAUUUUGAAAUACUAUAAUCAAAGACCCUUUCGAUCGGAUGAGCAAAAGAAUCCCAAACUUGUCAGAGAAUUGGCUCAAAAGUUGGCUCACAUUCACGCCAUGGAUGUGCCCCUCAAAAAGACCGGAACCGAUAUCUCUGAAUGGUUGGACGACUUCUACAAUAAAGCCAAUAAUUUGUUUGAUUUAAAAUCACUGAUCAAUGAAUGCAAUUGCGAGACAUUAAAGAAAUACGAUUUGAACGCAGAGUUACAAUGGCUUAAGAAGACGAUCGUUGAGAUCAACUCUCCGGUGAUGUUCACUCACGUCGACUUCAGAGGAAGCAAUAUAAUGGUCACAGAAUCCGAUGGUUUAGUGAUCAUAGACUACGAGUACUCCUCCUAUACAUACCGGGGCUUAGAUUUUGGGACUUUAUUCGCCGAAUGGGACAGAUUUUGGGCCGAUUUCACUCGAUUACAGGACUUUCCCAACGAUACGACUAUUAAGACAUUCAUUGACGCCUAUAUCGAGGAAUCGAUUCGUUUGAGAGGCGAUCACUUCAGGAGAGACCAGAGAAACACAUUUCAACACAUCUUAAAGGAGACAAAAGUGUUUUCAUUGGUCUCUAAUAUGUUCUUCGUUUUGGUUACCAUUAAAUCCAAUGAAUCAAUGAUUUCCGGACUUGACUUUGAUAUCAGCAAGCAAUUGGUGAUAACUUAG